UGCUGUUUCUCUUGCCCGAGGAAACACUUCAUCGCUUGGAGGGUGCAGGACAUUUCGGUGCUCUUCUGUAUAAGAUCGGGGUGUGGGCAGGGGUGGCCAGCGGUGGCAGAGAAAUGUCUUUUCUGCAAAAGGAAGGUGGGUAGAUUGGAGAGAGACUGAGAAAGGGUGGAUGUGGAAGCCAAACAGCUGCACUCUCAUUUAGGAAAUCGCGGACUAUUUGCAUAGUGUGUGAUUGCAUGCCUAAUACUACUACAGCGUCUCUGAAAACACCUUUUGGGGAAGGUUUGGUUUCUCCUUUCCAGCAGCCUCAGUGUUUUUCCUCGCCGGAUAGGAAGCUGCUUGUUUGCGAAGAGAUGGCAUGAUGUGAAUGACUCCAGUGUGAAGAAGUCUGCUUCGCCAAAUCAUCCUGCAUCAAGUGCCCAUUGAAUAGCACUGUCACUUUAAUGUCUCCAUGCCAAGGGAUUGCUUUCCUUCUUUUCAAUCCUCUCAGUUAAUACACAGGAGGAUCAGGAUCUGAGGGGCAUUAAGGAUCAAGCCUUGGGGGCUUAGAGAGCACAGAAGAAAAAUAGGAAAGUGGCAAGCUGGACCGUGUUUUACUGAGGGGGUGAGAAACAGAACCAGUAAAUAGAAGGGGGCCUUUGAAUCUCUCUUUUGCCCCCAGAACACUGUCCAAACUCACACACCCCUGAAAAGACUAGAGUAAGACGUUUUUAAAAGUAUUUUUGAAGGGGAAGUUUAAACUUUUUCCUAAAAAUUGAUGCUCUUUAUUACGAACCAUCUUGAACAUGUAUAAAUUAAUAAGUCAACCGUCCUAAAAUUGGUUUGUGCCUUAAUUGAGUUAGUUAUUGAACAUCUAAAAGUGUUGCUGCCUGAAGAGGAGUUUUAGUAACAUUUUCUAUGCGUACGAUAACUUUCUCAGAUUUUAAAACAAGAAUAUAUAUUUUACAAAAAAUUGAAAAACUUGCUAUUUUUUUCUUUGAAGACCUUGGGCAGUGUAAUGUUUGGUUGUGGAGAAAUGCAUCAUUUUUUUCUUCAUUUGAAAUAGAAGACUCAGCCUGGAUAUCAAGGCUGAACGGUGAAGAGAUUUGCAACAGUUAACCUGGUUCCAUCUCCAUUCAGCUGGAUCAAGCAGAGACUGAAACUCAGAGAUCUUGAGUCCAGAGUCAGUGGAGAGACCCAAGAAUGCCAGUCAAGAAGAAAGACACUGACCGAGCUUUGUCAUUACUGGAGGAAUACUGCAAAAAAUUAAGAAAGCCUGAGGAGCAGCUGUUGAAAAAUGCUGUUAAAAAGGUGAUGAGUAUUUUCAAGAGCAGCUUAUUUCAAGCCUUACUGGAUAUUCAAGAAUUUUAUGAAGUAACUCUAUUAAAUUCUCAAAAAAGUUGCGAGCAGAAGAUAGAAGAAGCCAAUCACGUGGCACAGAAAUGGGAGAAGACUCUCCUCCUUGAUUCAUGUCGUGACAGUCUUCAAAAAUCCUCAGAGCAUACAGGUUGCAGUGGACCAAAGGAAAAUGCUUCAUACAUUGAGCAAAAUAAAGAAAGCCAGUGUUCUGAGAUUGAAACUGAAGAAAAGACAUGUCAAAAUCACGGCAAAUGCCCAGCCCAGAACUGUUCAGUGGAAGCCCCCACCUGGAUGCCUGUCCACCACUGUACACAGUGUGAAGAGAGACGCUAUGAGCUCGCUGAUGGUGGAAACCGGAUGCCUGUUUUGGCUGAAAAGUAUCGAUACCAAGAUGAGGACGGUCCGCAUGAUCAUUCCUUACCUCGGCUAACUCAUGAAGUAAGAGGUCCAGAACUUGUGCAUGUGUCGGAGAAGAACCUCUCUCAAAUAGAAAAUGUCCACGGAUAUGUCUUACAGUCUCACAUCUCUCCUCUGAAGGCUAGCCCUGCUCCUAUAAUUGUCAACACAGACACUUUGGACACUAUUCCUUAUGUCAAUGGAACAGAAAUUGAAUAUGAAUUUGAAGAAAUUACAUUGGAGAGGGGAAAUUCAGGCCUGGGAUUCAGUAUUGCUGGAGGGACAGAUAAUCCCCACAUUGGAGAUGAUCCUGGCAUAUUUAUUACGAAGAUUAUUCCAGGAGGUGCUGCGGCAGAGGAUGGCAGACUCAGAGUCAACGAUUGCAUCUUGCGGGUGAACGAAGUUGAUGUGUCAGAGGUUUCCCACAGUAAAGCCGUGGAAGCCCUCAAGGAAGCCGGCUCUAUUGUGCGGCUGUACGUGCGUCGAAGGCGACCCAUAUUGGAGACUGUUGUGGAAAUCAAACUUUUUAAAGGCCCAAAAGGUUUAGGCUUCAGUAUUGCUGGAGGGGUGGGGAACCAGCACAUUCCUGGAGACAACAGCAUUUAUGUAACAAAAAUUAUAGAUGGCGGAGCUGCACAGAAAGAUGGAAGGUUGCAAGUAGGAGACAGACUGCUAAUGGUAAAUAACUAUAGUUUAGAAGAAGUUACACACGAAGAGGCUGUAGCGAUAUUGAAGAACACAUCUGAUGUUGUUUAUCUAAAAGUUGGCAAACCCACCACCAUUUAUAUGACUGAUCCUUAUGGGCCACCGGAUAUUACUCACUCUUAUUCUCCACCAAUGGAAAAUCAUCUACUGUCUGGUAACAAUGGAACGUUAGAAUACAAAACUUCCCUGCCACCCAUCUCUCCAGGAAGGUACUCGCCAAUUCCAAAGCACAUGCUGGUUGAAGAUGACUACACCAGGCCUCCGGAACCUGUUUACAGCACUGUGAAUAAACUGUGUGAUAAGCCUGCUUCUCCCAGGCACUAUUCCCCUGUUGAGUGUGACAAAAGCUUCCUUCUCUCAAGUCCCUACCCCCACUACCACCUAGGCCUGCUCCCUGACUCUGACAUGACCAGUCAUUCCCAGCACAGUACUGCAACUCGCCAGCCUUCAGUGACUCUGCAACGGGCCAUCUCCCUGGAAGGGGAGCCCCGCAAGGUAGUCCUUCACAAAGGCUCCACUGGCCUGGGCUUCAACAUUGUGGGCGGGGAAGAUGGAGAAGGUAUUUUUGUAUCCUUCAUUCUGGCCGGUGGACCAGCAGACCUGAGUGGGGAGCUCCAGAGAGGAGACCAGAUCUUGUCGGUGAAUGGAAUUGAUCUGCGAGGAGCAUCCCAUGAGCAGGCGGCUGCAGCACUGAAGGGGGCUGGGCAGACCGUGACAAUCAUAGCACAAUAUCAACCUGAAGAUUACGCUCGAUUUGAGGCCAAAAUCCAUGACCUACGAGAGCAGAUGAUGAACCACAGCAUGAGCUCCGGGUCCGGGUCCCUUCGAACCAAUCAGAAACGCUCCCUGUAUGUCAGAGCCAUGUUUGACUAUGACAAGAGCAAGGACAGUGGGCUGCCUAGCCAAGGACUUAGUUUUAAAUAUGGAGACAUCCUCCAUGUCAUCAAUGCCUCUGAUGAUGAGUGGUGGCAAGCCAGAAGGGUCACACUAGAUGGGGACAGCGAGGAGAUGGGCGUCAUUCCCAGCAAGCGGAGGGUGGAAAGAAAGGAGCGUGCCCGAUUGAAGACAGUGAAGUUCAAUGCAAAACCUGGCGUGAUUGAUUCCAAAGGGUCAUUCAAUGACAAGCGUAAAAAGAGCUUCAUCUUUUCACGAAAAUUCCCAUUCUACAAGAACAAGGAGCAGAGUGAGCAGGAAACCAGUGAUCCUGAACAACACGUCUCUUCUAAUGCCAGCGAUAGCGAAAGUAGCUGCCGAGGACAAGAAGAUCUCAUUCUUUCCUAUGAACCUGUCACGAGGCAGGAAAUAAACUAUACCCGGCCCGUGAUAAUCCUGGGCCCCAUGAAGGAUCGAAUCAAUGAUGACUUGAUAUCUGAAUUUCCUGAUAAAUUUGGCUCCUGUGUGCCUCAUACUACGAGGCCAAAGCGUGACUACGAAGUCGACGGCAGAGACUAUCACUUUGUCAUCUCUAGAGAACAAAUGGAGAAGGAUAUCCAAGAGCACAAAUUUAUAGAAGCUGGCCAGUACAAUGACAAUUUAUACGGAACCAGUGUGCAGUCUGUGAGAUUUGUAGCAGAAAGGGGCAAGCACUGUAUACUUGAUGUAUCGGGAAAUGCUAUUAAGCGGUUACAAGUCGCCCAGCUCUAUCCCAUUGCCAUCUUCAUAAAGCCCAAGUCUCUGGAACCUCUGAUGGAGAUGAAUAAGCGUCUGACAGAGGAACAAGCCAAGAAAACUUAUGACCGGGCAAUUAAACUAGAACAAGAAUUUGGAGAAUAUUUUACAGCUAUUGUCCAAGGAGAUACCUUAGAAGAUAUUUACAACCAAUGCAAGCUUGUUAUUGAAGAGCAGUCUGGACCUUUCAUCUGGAUUCCCUCAAAGGAGAAGUUAUAAAUUAGCUACUGCACCUCUGACAACAAAAGAAGAGCAUUUAGAAGAACAAAAUAUAUAUAAUCUAACACUUGGAGGCUUUUAUGUUUUUGUUGCAUUUAUGUUUUUGCAGUCAAUGUGAAUCCUUAUGAAUGUACAACACAAACUGUGUGAAGCCAUGAAGGAAACAGAGGGGCCGAAGGGUGGGACGGAAAAGACAUCACGGUAUGCAGGAAGGCUUGGGUUUGCUCAAAGUACCAGGUAUAGGAAUGAACCUCUGAUGGGCUCUCUGCCCUAGAGAUGGGCAGCCUUCUCACCCCAGCAGAUGUCCAGAGCUGAUUUAGCUGCUGAGCUCUCUGUGUUUGCUUUAAGAAAAGUUGCCAGCACUUGAACCUCACCAACCUACCCCUUACCCACCUCUGUAAUUGGUACACUUCGAAUUUUAUAACUAUGCACAUCCUUUGAUUUGCUAACAAGCAAAGGAAAUAGGAAAAACAGAAAGAGUCCCUUUGGAGACGACAUACUAUCAGGGGAGGAUGAUUGCUUAGUUUCCUUAGCUGGCAUGCGCAAAGACAAGCGUGUCUUGUGUGGAGGACUAACCUCACCGAGAAGGAGAUUCCACCUGGCCUAGCUUUAUGACUGUCGAUUGUCUAUUUUGCCAUUUAUAAGCUGAAAGAAGGCACUAAAGAUGAGAAUAAUUUAUACAAUAAAUAUAUUAAAUGUAUAGAAAUGAAUUUCUAUAGGUUAAAAAGUUUUGUGAAAUAUUUUGUAAAGACUAAAAAACAUUGAAAGACUAAAUGUACGCACUCUCAGCAGAUGAUCAAAUUCAAGAAUUUGAGGCUGCACUCUCCCUUUUGUUGCCAAUGAUCCAUUCAGAGCAUCUGAGUUCCCUCCAGGUCUGACAAAGACUGCCCUUUCGCUCCCCUCCCACACCGCCCAUGCACACUAGCACACUAGCGAUACACUCUUACGGAACACACUCCUUAGUAAGUUACCCUCAUCGAUAGUUUUGGAAGAGAUUUUUGUUACAAUUCUUUAAGCCCAUGGCUUUUCAGAGACAAACUCAUGCAAAUAAUCGAAAGGGAAAGAUUGCUUUCCUCUAGUUAAGUAGCCUGAGCCAACCACACAGAUAGUCAAAUAACAUUGUUCCUAGUUACUUGCACACAGUUCAAGAAUGAUUCAGUAUUCUGGCAAACCAUAAGUCAUUAGAAUUAUCUUUUCUUUGUUUCACAGAGCAAUUGAAGUGUUUUGUAACAGCCCUAGUUGGCAUUACAGGGGGAGAUCUGUCCUAAGAUGCACUAUUUCUCUCAGGAAGAGAAAAAAGAGAAGUUAUCUAGUUGGGAGUGGUGAGGGACGCACUUUGUUUCAGUAUAGAGGGCAAAGAGAACCACAAGAAAGGGAUGAUUUAUGGCUUUGAGCUCAACCAAUUGAAUUGCCUUCCUUAGGGCUGCACCUGGACCAAGUUUAUUUUUCUAACAAUUAUACUAAUAAUGAUUUUAAAAGAGAAACCUCCCAAAGCCUAUAAGCUGAAACACAAGAGUUAGCUUCCCAUUUUAGCGCUGAUGGUAUCAUCAGCCCUGGUUCUGCCCAAGGUGUUCAGAGAGAGACUUUUUAGUAUUAUUAAUAACCACUCAAGUCUGGGUUCUAUGCAUGCCCAGAUUAAGCCCCAUCGCCUUAUUUCUGGGGUACAUCAAGACCUGGCAGGGAUUCUGCCACACUGUGCAGUCAACCAGCACAUAGGCUGGCGUAUAAGAACAAAAGACAGAGCCAUCAAAGUGAUGGGGCUUCUUCUAAGUUAGACCAUCAGAGCUUAACACUGAGAGUCUCUUUCCAAAAUCAACGGUCAUUCAUCUUUUACUAAAUAACCCUCAUCUGCCCAGCUGUAGUCACCAAAACAAACGUUAAAUUACAAAAGGAAGCAUCGACCUAUAGCCUUGAGGCUGCCUUUGCCAAAUGAAGAGGUACCAAGCAGUCAUGUGUAUUUUUUCCCCUCAAUUUUCUAGAGAUAGCCUUAGAGGGCUCAAAAAUGCUAAAAGACAUGUCCAUGUCUGCAACUCACCAGUUUCAGGUCACGGCCAACUUCCAUCAAUAUAGCUCUCAGAAGUUUUCUGCCACUAGAAUGCCAUUCCUGAUCCCAGCUCUCUUUAUAGGCCACCAUGAUAACUUCUUUGGUUUCUCCACUGAGCAUGCAACCAUUUACCUUAGAGGACUGUCAUUAAUGAGUAGAUGUUUUCUCUAGUUGUGUGACGUGCUUUCCAUUUGAUAGUAUUGCGUGGCUGAGUACAAUCAAAUUGAAUCACAAACCAUUGGUUUUGUAGUAAUAUAAUUAUUUAUUUUCCCAGUAUAGAUGCUUCUGGAUUAGCAUUAGCACUGGUUUUUUAUGUAGAUUUAUAUAAAUAUAAAUACAUAUAUAUUUGCUUGACGAAUCACCAAGCACAUUGGUGAGAGGGUCUUUUCCUAUAGAAUUCACUCAUCCGUUUUGUUGUGUUGUCCUGAGCUUCCCAAUGUUGAGGUCUCUAUGGCUCCAAAGAACUGGUGUAUUUUGCAGCAAAUCCAAUGACAUCUAUGGAAAUGGCAUGAGAGUCACCCAGAUCACAUCUGGUGCAAAUGCACCUGGAGCCUCGGGCCAGACUGGUGCUAACACUGCAAACUGUCCGGAGCUCUCUCCAAUCUGAAGGCUCGCUGGGGGCACAGUGUCACCUUCACAUGCUGGGCCCUUUCGGAAAAGUGCCAGAUCGUGUCACUGGUGCUAUUUUUCAUGCUCUGGUACAAUGUGUAGCACCAUGGGGGUCUCAGCUUUACCAAAAUCGAAAUCCCACCUGUCAGUCAGUUAUUGCUGAGGCAUUUGCUUAUUGCUCUUUUCCAUGAGAUAUGAUGGCCUAUUCUUGGAAGGCCCUUUCUCCCAGACCCAAAUUCAGGGGUUGGCUCUAUCCAUUUUGCAAGCCCAUCUAGAUGAAGCUGCACUCAGGUGCCUCUGUGAGCUGUCUUAGACCCUACUGCCAGCCCUUCAGGACAGAGUCAGCGGAUGCUCUGUACACCUCUGGCUCUCAUCUAUUUCUCCUCAUUUCUCCCACUCAUCUCCUCUCAUCACCUGUCAUUUUUACCCUCUCUUAUCCUUCCUGGGUUUUUGAACUUGCCGCUCUUCUCUCCUAUGUCUUUCUCUAUCCAUCUCUCCCUUCUCCAUCUCCCAUUCCCCUUAUUAAUCCUUCUUCCCAGACCUGACCGCCCUCUUCUCUCCUCUCACAUAGUUCUGAUCAUCAGUACACCCCGCUCCUAAAGUUUCUUUGUCCUAUAAAGGGCUCACGGCUGAUUCAGACAGCAAGUCCACACGAUGGACUCAUGACACAAAUACUUGGGGGUCACCAUUUUACUCACUCAGCCCAGAAAGCAAAGCUGAGUGUGAGGCCCUGCCCUGGAGCCAGCCUGCACCACUGCCCCGGCAGUGCUGAUGCAAGAGCUGUGGGCCCCCUGGCACCUGGAAGCCUCCGCCUGGACCGUCUCCAGGAACUCACUCCCAGCACCACCCACGCUGAGGAUGCUUCCUUUCAACAGAGGCGAACUCUGGCCCUAACAACAAUUCCAACGAACCUCACUGAAGCCAUGACACCGCCCUGGUUUGGAGAGAGAUUUUUUUUCCCCUCUAUAUUCUUCUUCCCGUUUCCAUGUGAAGCCCCUCUGCUUUUCAACUGGUGGUUGCUCUGGUGAGACUGAAUGGACUUGCUAGUGAAAUGACAUCUUUUUUUCUCCUGUCUUGGUCCUGCCUAAAAUUCCUACACAAAAGCAUUUAAGUCAAGGACUAAGGCUAAAUUUAUUAUACUAAUGAGUCACUCCUGGGGAGACAUCCAUUCCCUUCAAGCAUGUGGAGUUCCUCCUGUGACAACUGAUUUUCCAGGAAACUCCAUAGAGAAUUCUGUGGAUAUGCAUUAAUUAUUUAAGGGUAUGAUAUAGAUGGUAUGCAUACCCUGAGGUCAGAGUCAAUGUGGUUGGAAACACAUACACACUUCAGUCUGUAAAUAUUCUUCCUCACUGAAACCUGUGCUUCAGAAAUCAUUUCUCGUACAGCUGUGCAGUUUCUUGUAGCAGCUGAAGACAAGCUAAGGCAGGCAGCGGAUUUAGACUGAGAUCAGCUGAAAGAGUACAGUUUCUCCCUUGCAGCUCACAAGGACAGACAGCUAAGUGGCAAGGUUGACUCCCAGUGGGAUGGCAAACUUUUUCUUCUUUUCAAAUUUGUGUUUCCUAAGUGUAUCUUAACUUCUGAGUGCACCAGGUUGUACCCAUUAGAUCCUUUUACUAUGACAAUUUUGUGCUUCUCUCUGACAGGAUGUUUCUCCAUCAAGCUGUAACGCAGGAUGGGAGGGGAGGGAGGGAGGGGGAAUCACUCCUUGCCUGGCGGGAGUUUACAGAGGCACUGCACAGCUUACACUCCUGUUAAGUGUAAAUAUUCAACACUUCCAUUCCAUUUGUGUAAAAAAAAUAAAGCACACACGAUUAUAAAAUCAAGAUGUAUAUUUCAUACUCCAUGUGUCCGUGAAUAUUUAUUGCGUUUCCAGAUGUCAGUGGAGGCCCCAUUGUAAAAAUGCUUGAUAGAGUGUUUAUAAACAUGCCGUGGUUUUCUUAUAAAAAUAUUAAAACAUUUUUUACU